ACGUACGCGCGUCGUGAGCGAGAUCAGAAGUGGGAUUUUCCGGUUUUCGAGAGUCCCAGUCGUUUCAGUGUUUUGGUGUGGAUUUUUUACGUGGAUUUGGUUGGAUGUCGGAGUAAAGUGGUGGCCCAAGUUGGGGGUGAAUAAGAAGAAGGCCCAUCUCUAAACAUCCCCGUCUGUUUCCAUAGGAGGACCCGACUACAUAUGCCCGAGGAAUAUUUGGACAAACAAAAGAAUAUGACGGUGCCGAGCCCCUUAUCGUGUAUACGACUCGUUUUGCUUCUCUUCGCAGUUUUGUUGCUUACCAAAGAAUCAUCCUCACUGAAAUCGAUGGUAAUCAAAGUACCGGAGGCCAUCAAAUCUGGUGAUACUGUGACGAUGACUUGCGAGUACGACCUGGAAAACGUCCCUUUGUACUCCAUAAAGUGGUACUGGAACGACGAGGAGUUUUACCGGUACAUCCCCAAAGAGUCUCCUCCAUUUAAAGCAUUUACCGUUAAGCUAGUAAACGUUGACCUCUCCAAGUCCGGCGAACACGCGGUUACGUUAAGGGACGUCCCGAGACAGUUGAGUGGCGAUUACAAAUGCGAGGUGUCCGCCGACGGUCCCUUUUUCCACACGGACAUCUUGGGGGCCCACAUGGUCGUCGCUGACCUUCCCAAUGGAGAACCGGUGAUGAAUAUCAGGGACACCAAAGUGGAAAUCGGGAAGACGGUCAACGUUGAAUGCACCAUCCCUGGAUCACAUCCCACCCCUAAUGUCACGUGGUUUAUCAACAAUAAAGAGGUACGGGAUAACUCGGACUUUAUCACGAUUUACCCGACGCAGUCCGAGGAGCAGCACGUUUCCCGUGCGAAAAUCGCCAUUUUAACGAACAAGUCGCACUUCAUCCAGGGCGUGAUGACCAUAAGGUGCGACGUUGCCAUUUUCGACCUAUGGAAGGGUACGGCGGAGAAUUUUAUUAGGGACGACUCGCCCAAGUUGGCACAGGUGCUCGGUUCGACCCUUAGCCAGAGCCAAAUGGAUCCCAUAUUCGAACCGGGAAACGGUGCCAGAUGGACGGCGAACGUUUCCGACGUCGUUCUGUUCUUUUGUUCGUUGUUGUCCGUUUUCAAACACGCGUUACGAUGACUUGGUGCAACUUAGUUUUAGUUUUAGUGCCGCACUACAUCGGGGAAACUAAAUGGACACGAUUGAUACACUGCUUGAAAAAAAAAGUUAAAAAUUUAAAAGCUCAAUAUCUCGGUAACUAGUGGAGGUUUUUUAAUUAAACAAAAAGCGUGAUGUUCAGAGGAAUGUACUCUAUAAAUAUUGUUUAAUGCUCAAUUUAGUAGGAGGAAUAGUUUUUGAAAUAUUGACCUUUUUAUGCACGCAUCUUAAAAUGCUCAUAACUUGUCUUUUUCAAGCAGUGUAUCUUCGAGGCAUGUUUCAAUGAAAAAUCAACUUAAAAAAAAUCUAAUUUAGUACAUUUUAAGUCACAACAACGAAAUAUGCACAAUAAUUGUACAAUAUGAAAUAUGCCUCGGGAUAAUAAAUAAAUUUCCCGAUUAAUUAAUAUUCAUCGGUUUUUCCUGUUUUGUGUGCAUAUUAUGCCAACAAUUUAUAUUAUUGUGCAAUAAUAAUAAUAAUAAUAUUUUAAUAAUAGUGCUUGUAUAGGAUAGAAAUUGGGUUUUAAAAUAAUUAAUAUAUACAAUUUUAGGGUUAAAAAUGUGAUCCCCCUGUAUAUGUGUGUAAAUAUAUACUUAUAUAGUAAAGUUUUUAUUUUUAAAGAGAGUAAAAAUGGGUUUGCAAGCGUUUAGAUCUCUCUCUCUCUCACACACACACACACACACACUGUUAUUGUUGACAAUGGUAUAGCGAAAUUACGCUUCCUCUCUCUCACUCUCGAAGGGGAUUUUAAAAUAUAAUAGAGCGUCGCAUCCCUUUUGUGGCGAUGACAGCCCUUUCGUCGCUUAUGAAAAUCAAUGAACGUACGUAUGUAAAUCUUAGCAGUGUAACGUUAUGGAAAUUUCCACUGGAAAGUCGUUUAGGCACCAUUGAGGAACUCACAAAAGAAAACUUAUCCAAGAAGGAUUUGUCCUACUUGCAUAAUAUAGAAAUGUUUCAAGUGAAUAUCUCAUAAAGUAUCUGACUGAAUUGUGGCAUGUGACCCCUCAAAUUUCGUGGAAUUUUGCGUAAAAUCUAAAAAUGUAAAAAUAUAUAGGGUGUACUGUAUAAAAUAACAGGGUUUUGACGCAUUUCCGGUGGAGAGAUGUACAAAAAUUUAAGAAAAUUAAAGGUGUUAUUGUAUAUUUGAAUUCUACGUGAAAUUCUAAGAAAUUUGAGGGGUCACUCGAUAUGGUUUGGAAAAAUGGUUUUUGAGAUAUUUCUAUUGGAAAAACUUGAAUAUCUCGAAAAUUCUUUUACUGAAGUAUGACGUGUGACCCCUCAAAAUUCUUGGAAUUUUGCCUAGAAUCUAAAAAUGUAAUAAUAUAUAGGGUCUUAUAUAUAAAAUAACAAAGUUUAGACCCGUUUCCGGUGUAAAGUCAUACAAAAAUUAGAAAAAAUUUAAUAUAAUAUUGCAUCUUUGGAUUCUACGUAAAAUUCUAAGAAAUUUGAGGGGUCACUCGAUAUGGUUUAGAAAAGUGGUUUUUGAGACAUUUCUAGUGGAAAAAAUGAAAUAUCUUCAUAAAGCUUUCACCAAAGUAUGGCAUGUGACCCCUCAAAAUUUUAAGGAUUUAGCGUAGAAUUUAAAAAUAUAAAAAUAUAUAGGGUGUACUAUAUAAAAUAACAGAGUUUUGACGCAUUUCCGGUGGAGAGAUGUACAAAACUUUAAGAAAAUUGAAGGUGUUAUUGUAUAUUUUGAUUCUACGUGAAAUUCUAAGAAAUUUGAGGGGUCACUCGGUAUGGUUUAGAAAAAUCGUUUUUGAAAUAUUUCUAUUGGAAAAAAUUGAAUAUCUCGAAAAUUCUUUUACUGAAGUAUGACGUGUGACCCCUCAAAAUUCUUGGAAUUUUGCCUAGAAUCUAAAAAUGCAAUAAUAUAUAGGGCCUGAUAUAUAAAAUAACAAAGUUUAGACCCGUUUCCGGUGUAGAGUUAUAUAAAAGUGAGUAAAAAUUUAAUGUAUUAUUGCAUAUUUGGAUUCUAGGAAAAAUUUUAAGAAAUUUGAGGGGUCACUCGAUAUGGUUUAGAAAAGUGGUUUUUGACGUAUUUCUAUUAGAAAAAAUUGAAUAUCUCGAAAAUUCUUUUACUGAAGUAUGGCGUGUGACCCCUCAAAAUUCUUGGAAUUUUGCGUAGAAUCCAAAAAUGUAAUAAUAUAUAGGAUCUCAUAUAUAAAAUAACAAAGUUUAGACCCGUUUCCGGUGAAAAGUCAUACAAAAAUUAGAAAAAAUUUAAUGUAUUAUUGCAUCUUUGGAUUCUACGUAAAAUUCUAAGAAAUUUGAGGGGUCACACGAUAUGGUUUGAAUAAAUGGUUUUUGAGAUAUUUUUAUUGGAAAAAAUUGAAUAUCUCGAAAAUUCUUUUACUAAAGUAUAACGUGUGACCCCUCAAAAUUCUUGUAAUUUUGCGUAGAAUCUAAAAAUGUAAUAAAAUAUAGGGUCUAAUAUAUAAAAUAACAAAGUUUAGACCCGUUUCCGGUGUAGAGUUAUACAAAAAUUUAAAAAAAUUUAAUAUAUUAUUGCAUAUUUGGAUUCUACGUAAAAUUCAAAGAAAUUUGAGGGGUCACACGAUAUGGUUUGAAAAAAUGGUUUUUGAGAUAUUUUUAUUGGAAAAAAUUGAAUAUCUCGAAAAUUCUUUUACUAAAGUAUAACGUGUGACCCCUCAAAAUUCUUGUAAUUUUGCGUAGAAUCUAAAAAUGUAAUAAAAUAUAGGGUCUAAUAUAUAAAAUAACAAAGUUUAGACCCGUUUCCGGUGUAGAGUUAUACAAAAAUUUUAAAAAAUUUAAUAUAUUAUUGCAUAUUUGGAUUCUACGUAAAAUUUAAAGAAAUUUGAGGGGUCACACGAUAUGGUUUGAAUAAAUGGUUUUUGAGAUAUUUCUAGUGAAAAAACUGAAUAUCUCAAGAACUGUUUCACUGAAGUAUGGCAUGUGACCCCUCAAAUUUCUUAUAAUUUCCCAUAGAUUCCAAAAAUGCAAUAAUAUAUGGAGUGUCUUUAAUAAAAUAACAAAUUUUCCACACAUUUCCGACCUAUUACUCCUAUUUAUUUGCACCAAAAACUAAGAAAAAUUAAAUUUAAUAUUACAUUUUUAAAUUCUACAUAUUUGAUUUGAAAACAGUAUUAUUGUCUAAAUUGUACAAAAUAUUGUACAAUUACCCAAACGCUUGGAAACCCACCUUUACUGGUCUGAAAAGUCUAGUUCCUCAAAGCGUUACGUAACAACCCUUAGGUACAUGUAAAUAUAAACUGUUUUAGGACAAUAUGCCCCUUCGGGGUUAAACUGUGUCCACAUAAAUGUACUAAGUAGUCGAAUAAGAAUCAGAUAAUUGUACAGUAUUAAUGGAUGUUAACCAUUUCGUCAAUAUUUAGAAUGAAUUAUUGUACGUCUUUUAACCGAAUAAAUAAAUAAAUGUUUUAUUGUUAACAAAAUGGUGUAAGAGAAUAAAUAUAAAAAAUUUGUACAAAU